AUGCAGUUUUAUUUUGUGCUGAUAUACCUGUUCGUGAUUGAUGUGAGUGGACAAGACUGCAAAGUGCGCGGAAAAAAGUGCAGUGAUGAUGAACAAUGCUGCGGCGGAUGUUGCUUCGAUGGAGAAUGUGUCGAUACUUACAGGUCAUGUCUGACUCCGUUCGACGUGUGCAAGGAUCACCCAUGCGUCGGUGAAGAAAACUGUUUUGCGUAUAAACCACCGGAAUGCCACGGCUGUGAACCUCUGCCUUUGUGCAUAUUAAAAUAA